CGUCUGGUAUGCUGCAAAACAAACGAGAGGUAGAGAAACUGGUGAGGAACAAAGAUGCAGUCAGAUUCAUGCAGCCGCUGAGAGGAACACCAGCCUACUGGGAGAAAACCACACGAGACCUUUUUGCCAUGAUCAGACAGUUGGGAACUCCCACAUUCUUUUGUACAUUUUCUGCAGCUGCGAUGCGUUGGCCUGAAGUGAUUGAGGCAAUAAAAAGACAGCAAGGUGAGGAGGUGAACUUUGAAGGGCUCAACUGGUCAGCAAAGUUUGACAUUCUGAGAAGCAAUCCUGUGACAACCAUGCGCAUGUUUGAUAAGCGUGUUGAGGCCUUAUUCAGAGAUGUGCUCUUAUCUCCUGCACAGCCUCUUGGCAAAGUCGUUGACUACUUUUACCGAGUUGAGUUUCAGCACAGAGGAAGUCCGCACAUUCACUGUCUCAUAUGGGUAGAAGGUGCACCUGUGUUUGAGGAGGAUGAUGAUCACACUGUGUCAGCUUUUGUUUCCAAAUACAUCACAGCUCAGCUACCUGACCAACUCACACAACCUGAACUGUACAAGAAGGUCACAGAGGUGCAAAUACACAGCAAAACACUCACGGACAUGUUUCAGAAGCCCCAGCUCGGGUUGCAGAUUUGGUUUUCCUAAACCACCUUCCAGAAAGACAAUGAUAUCGAGACCUGGUGAGGGCGUUGCUCCACUGCAACUGCAAAUAGCAAAGUCCAAGCUCCAACCACUGAACCUGUUGCUGAAUGAACCUGAAACUGCCUCACUCAGUUUGCAGCAGCUCCUCGUUAAAUGCAACUUAACACUCCAAGAGUAUGAAGGAUGCCUCAAUAUCAUCAACAAAUCCAGUGCGGUGAUCCUGAAACGUGAGCCAAAGGACUGCUGGGUAAAUGGAUAUAAUGCACAUCUACUGGAAGCCUGGGAUGCCAAUAUUGAUGUCAGUUAUAUUCUCAAUGCAUAUUCGUGCAUCAUGUAUCUCACCAGCUACAUCACCAAAAAGGAAUCUGGACUUUCUGAGUACCUUAAAACAGUCAAACUCCACCUGAGACCACGUCAGUGAAUGUGAUGAAAUGAGGGAAAUCAUGCAGGAGUACUCUAAAAAUAGAGAGGUCAGUGCUCAGGAGUAUGUGACUCAUGAAGAAGUGUUCACGUGGUGUCCAAUUCGUACCGACAGAUGACAACGCACUGAAAAUGAGUCGCCCCAUGUCUUACCUGGAGAACACAACAUUAGAAAGUGUAAAUGUGUGGAUGACAUCUUUGACUGACAAAUACAAAUCCAGACCAGAAACACCAGAGUUUGAGCAGAUGUGUUUGGCAGAUUUAGCAGCAACUUGCAGAAUUGUCUAUGGCUAGCAGAAAAAAGGAAAAGAUGUGUUGCCUCUCCUCAAUGACAUGGGAUUUGUGCAAAAGCGUAAAAACGAUAAGCCUGCCAUCAUCAGAUUUUACCGCUGCUCACAGGAAAAAUAUCCAGAGAAGUUCUAUGGCACAUUACUGAAACUGUACAUUCCUCACCGAUCAGACCUGGAACUGAAAAGACGGCAUUUCCCCACGUACGAGUCCUUCUACAAGAGUGGUUGUGUCCAACUACCAGGUUCUGACCAUCCUGAGUAUGUCCGUCACAUUGUGAAACGAAACAAAGACAGCGAGGACAUUGAGAAUUUGAACAGAAGAGAGGAGUGAUUGAUGAAUGGUGCAAUCUGGCUCCAGAAUCUGAAGUGGAAAGGUUGGAAUGUAUAGAAGAACUCGAGGCAAGAGAGCCAGAUCAUGAAAAUGUUCAAGAAAAUGUUCCAGAAUACACUAAUCAAGCUAAUGCUGCAACAGAAGCCAGAGCCAUCAGAGAGCCUCCGGCCUUUGACCCCACACUACUACGGCAAAUGUAUCAGAACAAGAACCAGAAACAAGCAUGUGUCUUCUAUGCAGUCAGAGACUGGUGCGUAAAGCGUGUUUGUGGCCUAAAUCCUGAGCAGUUUUUCUUUUACGUCAAUGGUGGUGCUGGAACAGGAAAGUCACAUCUCAUUAAAUGCAUCUACUCAGAAGCAUCUAAGAUACUGUGCAAACUGCCCAGCCAUUCUGAGGAGGUCGACAUAUGAAACCCCACGGUCCUGUUGACAGCUUUCACUGGAACUGCAGCCUUCAAUAUAUCAGGAUCAACACUGCCCUCUCUGCUCAAGCUUCCACGAAGUCUGAAACCUCCAUUUCAAGGACUUGGUAACCAACUGGAUGAAGUCCGAUCAGAACUUUUAAAUGCUGAAAUCCUCAUCAUUGAUGAAGUGUCUAUGGUGUCAAAGCCCCUGUUUGCUCAUGUGGAUGCGAGACUGAAACAGAUCAAAGGUAGUCCCAAACCCUUUGGAGGAAUGUCAGUAAUAGCUGUUGGUGACUUUUAUCAGCUACCACCAGUGCGACAGUCCAAGACCCUCUGUGUGUACGCGCCUGUGUACACGCGAGAUUGACCUAUGGCAGGAACACUUUCAGACAAUCACCCUGACUGAGAUUAUGCGGCAGAAGGAUAAUGUUGCCUUUGCAGAGAUGUUGAACCGGAUCCGUGUGAAAGGAAAGUCAGAUGAGUUGUCUCAAGCAGACAGAGCCUUGUUGUCACAGACCAUCACUGAACCAUCACUUUGUCCACCUGAUGUCCUGCACAUCUUUGCAACUAAUAAACAGGUUGAUUCACACAACUCAGUAACAUUAGCUCUGCUCCAUUCUAAUAUCACCAACAUCGAUGCAGAUGACUACAAGAAGGACCCACGAACUGGAAGAAUGGCUCGACAAGCCCAACCAUACAAAGGAAACAGAAAUGAGUUACCAGACACACUAAACGUAGCUGAAGGUGCUCGAGUCAUGCUCACCAGAAACAUAGACGUGUCUCAGGGAUUGGUGAAUGGAUCGUUUGCUACACUAGUCAGGGUAAUAACCGCAGAACAGAGUGGUGUUGCACAUGUCACUAUGCUCGGGCUCAAGAUGGAUGAUCAAACUGCUGGAAGCAAUUACCGUAAUAGAGCACCAGGCGGCCCUGAUGAUGUGGUGUACAUAGAGAGAGCAGAGGACAAUCUGAAACAGAAAGGAGUGGUACGCAGACAGUUUCCUGUUAGACUUGCCUUUGCCUGCACGAUACACAAGGUUCAGGGUAUGAAAAGGACAUCAGCUGUAGUGUCACUGAAACACAUUUUUGAACCUGGCGUGGCUUACGUAGCCAUCAGUAGAGUGACCUCUCUCAGUGGACUGCACAUGCUGGAUCUGGAUGAGAGUCAAAUCUAUGCCAACCCAGAAAUCACUGGAGCCCUCGAGACCAUGAGACAAGUCAACUUGGACGACAUGAUGCCUCUUCUUUGUAUCAAAGAGACCUCGAGCAGACACGACACUCUGACCAUUGUUCACCAUAACACUGAAGGUUUGCCAUCGCACAUCAUUGACAUCAGGAGCCAUCAUGAACUGUGUCUUGCAGAUGUUUUGUGUCUCACAGAAACUCACCUUCAAGGCUCCUUUGUUGCAGAGAGUCUCCAUUUAGAGGGCUACAACAUGUUCAAACGCAACAGACACCUGUCCUACACAAAUGUUCCACAAAUAGCCAGGUGGUGGAGUUGCUGUUUAUGUGAAAAGCCACAUUCAGGUGCGUGAGAAACAGUACGUACAUAAUGUGACCGAUCUUGAGUUUGUGGCUCUGAAGGUAGAAGCCCCAGUGAGAGCCCUGAUUGCAGCUGUGUACAGACCUCCAGACUACAGUGUGAGAUCAUUCCUGUCCAACCUGGGGAGCCUGCUGGACUCAUUGGAGAUCAUGGACUGUCAGCCCAUCAUUGUCUGUGGUGAUUUCAACGAGAAUCUCUUCUCCAAUACUGGUAAGCCAAUCCUUGAGCUCUUCCAGUCCAGAGGAUUUGCACAAGUCAUCAGUAAUGCAACCACUGACAAGAACACACUGCUGGACCUCAUUUUCAUCUCUCAACCACAACGCUGUCUCUACUCUGGUGUGCUGAGAACUUAUUACAGUUAUCACAACCCUGUUUACUGUGUCAUGUCAUCUAACAGUCCAUGAAGGUAUCAGGUGAGUUUUAAAGAAAAAUGCAAUGUACUUGUAUAUACAUUGAUUUAAUACAAUGCAUGAUUAUACAGAGGAGGGGGAUCCGCCAUACAGCCGUUUCCAUCUUUCCACCACAGCAGGGCCUCCACUCUGGUACAGUAAAAAACAUGUCACAAUCAUGUUUUCUGUCUACAUUCCUCCAACAGGUCUUAAAAUUGUCAGCUAAGACCAAAAUCUACUGAGAAUCAUGUACUUUUUUUAAACAAUACCACAUUGUAAUUAGUCUGGGAUUAUGUAAUCAUCAAUGUAAAGAAAACUGAAUCAUCUGGUCAAACUAGUUGUUGCACUGUAAUAAGAUUGUAGAAUGGGCUAAUUUUAAGUGUUCACAAUAUUGGAUAAUAUUAUGGGUCAUAUAGUUUUCCAGGUAACCAUGUUAUUUUUAGCAAUAUUUCUAACAAAUUCUGGCCUGUGCAUUUAUCAGGGUGGGUUUGGUUCAGGGUUGAUAAAUGCACAGGCCAAAACUCUUUCAGCAGCUGUGUACAAUGUAAAAUUCAUUGUACACAGCUGCUGACAUUUAGUUUAGCAGACGCACAUCAGAAAGUAUGUGUUCUAGAUGUAACACAUACUUUCUGAUCUACCUACCAGCUGAAACCCCACACUUCCAUCCCCAUUCAUUUUAUUUUAAUUACCCUGUGUUCUCUGUAGUGUUACGUUUCCUUUGUAUUGAAAGCAGACACAAUUGUCAUGUUUCCUAUGUAGUGUUAAGUUUCCUUUGUAAUGGACAGAAGACACAGUCCUCCUGUGUCCUCUAUAGUGUUACGUUUCCUUUCCGAUGGACAGCAGACAAAGUUCUCAUGUGUCUUUGAAGUGUUAAGUUUCCUUUCUGAUGGACAGGAGACACAGUCCUCCCUUGUCCUCUGUAAAGACACCUUCCAGUCUUGGCCUCACCUCCUUCUGCACUGUGAGGAUCAGCUCACAGCAUCUAAGACAUGACAAAGACUGCAGCACCAACUGAACUGUCAAUCAACCGAGGACCCAUCACAGUUAGACCUCAUAGGGACACAUUUGACUUCCUGCUUGUCCCCGUCAUGCUUCAAAGCAAAGGACGAGAAAACACCUGCCUGUCUUUGCCUCACUUCCUGUCUGGCUCUGAGAUUCUGGAUCAGCUCAUACCGACCAGCACAUCCUGCCACCACUGCAGCAGCAGAGCAGAUGUUGAAGCACUUUGUUAACUGUUCAUCAUCAGUGGACACUUGCUGGACCACAGAGACACGUGUUCUCCCUGCCAGUGUUGAGGUUUCUUCACAACAGAUAAUAAGGUCUUCCUCCUCUGUGAUUCCUCCACUUCACAGUGAAGACACUCAGG